AUGGCUUUAACUACUGAUUAUUCUAAAUUAAGUGAUAUUGUUUAUGAAGUUUUGGAUUCUCCUUCUAUAUACAAUAAAGAAAAAUAUUUUAAACAAAAACAAAAUGACAAUUAUUAUGAUAUAAAAAAAUUUAUGUGUAUAGGUAGUACUAUUAAUGACAAUGCAAAUUUUGAAGAAUUAGAUAAAAUAUUAAAAGAAGGAAAUAAAAAAUGUCAGAAUACCUUAACAGAAUCAUAUAAAUUACAAGGUUAUAAAUAUAGUAUAUCGAAUAACAAUGAUAAUAUAAAGUUUACAAAAUUAUUUUUUGAUAACUACGCUAAUUUAUUCUAUUGUAUGCAUUUACAUAAUGAUGAUAAAAAAUGCAAUCCUUUAUUUAAACAUUUUUAUGAGACAAUAAAUUAUGAUAAAAUAAAUAAAAAAUAA